UCAGCCCGUAUUCCCGAUAAACCGGGAAUGUCAGACUCCACUCUCUGCCGAAUUCCCGAUAUAGCGGGAUUGGGAAAACCCUCUGUUUAAACCAGGUCAAACUCUAAAUAUACCAGCCAAUCAGAUCAAAGAUAGGUCGCCUAUGCUGCAGGAUUUGUCUGAAAAUGGCGGCAAUAUAACCAGGGCAGUUUUCUGUGUAUUUUGACGCAGUUUUUUUGAAUAUUUUCAUCAUGAAGCGAAGCUCGCCGCAACCAAGCGUGUCGGGGGAGCCAAAACAAAGGCGUAGGCUAUUUACAACUGAGGAAGUGCUGCAUAAUUUGGGUGAUUCUGACGGAGAAGAGCUUGAAUUCGACCAAACUUAUCCCGAGGACGAUUUGGAUUCAGUUGACGAUGACAAUUUUGAUUUAGGCAGUGACUUUGACAUUUCGCAAACGGAUGAUUCGGACGAUUUUUCGGAGACAAGGGGGCGUGGUGCUUCGCCAGUCGUCAUUACUGGGGCAGGAGAUGCAGCGGACUUUGCAGCAGGUUGGAAUGAUGUGUUUUCGGAAGCAAGUAAUUUACAGUUUGACAACAACAACAUCGGACCACAGAAUAUUCCCGGAUUCAUAACGAACGAAAGUAAAGCUGGUGACUUUUUGUCUUUAUUUUUUGAUGAUGCAUUUUGGGAUGGAUUAUGCACUAUGACAAAUUUACGGGCCCAUCAAACACGUGAACAAAAGCCAAACUCCUAUUAUGCUAAGAAUUUUUCUCCUGUCUCCCCACCUGAAAUGAAAGCUUUUGUUGGCCUAAGACUAUGUAUGGAAUAUCUGGUUAUCAAACCAAGCUAUAGAGACUACUGGAAAAGUGAAGGUAACGACUUCGUAAUGUUCACACCUGGUUUUCGACAGGUAAUGACACGUGAUCGCUUUCUAGCAAUAUGGACAUUUCUACAUGUAAUGGAUGAACAAGACACAAACAUUGAUAAAUCUGACAAAAUCUACAAAGUGCGCCCAAUGUUGAAUGAUUUGUUGGAGAAAUUUAAACUGUACUAUAAACCUAGUCAGCAUCUCAGCCUUGACGAGGGUAUGAUUCCAACAAAGAACAGACUAGCUAUCAAACAGUACAUCAAAGAUAAGCCAACUAAGUGGGGUAUAAAGUCAUUUUUGUUAUGUGAUGGUGACACGGGAUAUGUACUCAACGCUGAAAUAUAUACGGGAAAAACAGACAUUGUCGAGGAAAAGUUAGGCGUGAUAGGGAAUACUGUUGUUCGCCUAAUUACAUCCUGUGAUCUUGAUGGUAAAUCCCAUGUGCUCGUUAUGGACAGAUACUAUAACUCUGUACUUUUAGCAGACUAUUUACUAACUGUCUUGAAUACUGGAGUAGUGGGUACGGUCCAAACAAAUAGGAAACACUAUCCAAAGACUCUAAAAGUAAAAAAACUGCCAAAUCGUGGGGAUUUCCGCUUUAUGUGUCGAAACAGUUUGACGUGUAUGGUGUGGCAGGACAGGAAGCCAAUACAUUUCAUCUCUAACUAUCACAGUCCUGAUGAUGUAACUACAGUGAACCGGCGAAACAAGGAUGGAUCCCUGUCUGAAAUACAAAUGCCACUGCUUAUCCGUGACUAUAAUUCAUUUAUGGGAGGAUGUGACAAGAAUGACCAGAUGACGCGCUUGCACAAAACCAGAAAACACUACCGAUGGCCGCGUCGUCUCUUCAUAAAGUUUUUUAUGUGGGCUACAUACAAUGCAUAUAUUUUGUCAAAUGCACACAGCCAAACAAACAAUAAAUAUUUCAUCUCAUUUAUUGAGGAAAUCUGUUUAUCACUGAUUGGUGAACAUCGCUCUUCAGCUCAAGUCCGUACCAGGAAGGAGCCUUGUGAUCAGCGUCUCCUAGCAGGCCCGCAUUACCCCGUUAUUCCUCAGGAUACCUCAGGCAACCACGUAUGUGUUGUCUGCAGUGAGAAACAUCUCAGAUACAGAAGGAAUAACCCAAAGACUGCUUACAAAGACAUUCCGCACAAACUUGUCAAGACAACAAUCUGGUGCUCUUUGUGCAAAAGAUAUUUGUGUGUGAAAAGAGGCUCCAAAUGCUGGGAAGACUGGCACACUAAAGUCCAAUACUGGUAUUAGAGUAAAGGUGUGACAAUUUAGGGUAAGACAGUCAAGUUUGAUAGGUUUCUGUCAAAUUUUAAUGAAUAAAUAUUGUUUUAUUUGCCAUAUGUACAUUUUUAAGUGUUUUGGCUGUGGAGCUCAGGUAUAGGAGUAAGUUACCUCCCCCUAG